AUGGCCUGGUGGCGCCUGGCCCUCCUUCUGCUUGGAGCCCUCCUGGCAGUCUCCCAGCCAGUACUGACCCAGCCAGAUGCACUGCUGGUGUUCCCAGGCCAAGUGGUCCAAAUCUCCUGCAUGCUCAACCCCCGCCACGCCAACAUCGGGGACUACGGCGUGUCCUGGUACCAGCAGCGGGCGGGAAGCGCCCCCCGCUAUCUCCUCUACUACCGCUCCAAGGAGGAUCACCACCGGUCCCCAGACAUCCCCGACCGCUUCUCAGCGGCCACAGACGCAGCCCAAAAUGCCGGCAUCUUGAUCAUCAGCCCCGUGCAGCCCGAGGACGAUGCGGAUUAUUACUGCUCUGUUGGUUACAUAUCCUAG